UUUCCUCCGCUCAGUUUUGCAAGUCUAGCUGCUCGGGUCGCGGAGUGCACAGGUCAAAAAAUUAAGCCGUCAGAUUUGACCAUUGGUAGCUAUUGGCUGUUCUUAACCGUACUAGGUUUUAAGGUCGAUGGGAUAAUUUGUCAUUGCUUCUUUGAUUUUUACGGGAUAUCUCUUAGUCCAUCGGAGCGGUCUUUCUAUGCCCUCUCUUUAAUGAAGAAGUUUGAGCAGAUGAAGUUUCCUGAACCUUUCACCUCCUCAGACUUUGCGGAGGAAAGGGAUCCAAAAAAGAUGUCAAGAAUCUUAUCGUGGUUAUUCCAAUUUUUCGAAACCUUUGCUCCUGCUAAUGAGUACGCAUACAGUGUAUGGAACUCAUAUAAGGAAAAGGCUUCUCUUGCUUCAUCUCUAAAGCAGAAAAUUGAUUCUCUGCGCAUUAUUAAUAAAGCAGAGGAGGAGAAGCGUUUAGAGUACCAGAAUAAUAUUGUGGAACUACAGUCGUCCUUGUCUGCAAAGCUUACCUCAAAGAGGCAACUUGAUGAACGUGUCUCGUCCGAAAGUCGGAAACUAGCUCUUCUUACUGAAUCCGAGAAGUCUCACUCAUUAGAAGUUACAGUCGUUAAUUUUUUCUUUAUAGCAACGGCUUUGGAUAAGAAACUUUAUGAACUUAAGGCGAAGCGGGAAUCUUUACUUCCUCAAGUCAUCGAGAAUCCGGGCGUCCUUCCGAAGGCAGUGGAGGAAUUGAAGGCGAAGCUGAAUGCCUUGGAGCUUGAAAUGCAAGAGAUUCGAGCAAAGACAUUUCAAGUUGAUCAGUCGAUUAGCGAAUUUAAGCGACUUCAUGAUGUGAUUGAAAACCAACUUGUGACAGUUGCUAGGACUUGUCAUUCGCUGCUCUUUCAAAUGUCACAGUCUCAAAGAGACUUGGAGAUAUAUGACAAAGAAAUAGCAGGACGGUUUGCCAGUAUCGAAUUGUUGGGUAAGAAAAUCACUGACGCUACGGAACAGCUGUGCGUCUCAGAACAUAACAUUGUGAAAGCUAAAGUAAUGGAUGCAACCCGAGCAGUGAAUGACGAACGCAUAAAGAAAGAACGGGCAGCACUAUUGGAUAAAUAUUGCUUUGCCUUCAAAUCUCUCGAACCCGACGUCACCGCAAAGGAGGCACUAUUGAAAACAACAAAAAUACUUUUUGAGAGAGAGUAUUCCAACAAAAAGGUAUCGUGA